AGGAGGCUGCAAAGUGGGCUGGGUGGAUCUACAAACAGUCGACGGACUACGAAUCUACGCUAGUACUUACAUGGAUUUUUGCAGUGGAUGUUACCUAAAGCGUUAGGGGAUACUUGGGUACACAGCCAACAUUCAAGUUUCAUCACCUGGGCUGUUCUUUAGAAUCGACUGAACCUACGUUACUUAAUAAACUCCUCUACCUAACUACCCUGUGCUAGUACCUACCUGGUAAUACAUAACUACCUCCAUACUCAAAUCUUUAAUUCCUUCGUUCUCCCCCCUAUCGUUACUUAUUUCUCUCCAGAUAUCCCAAUCUUCCUCUCCUCUUCACUGUGUCAUAUAUUCCUUCACUGAAAUACUUAAUUCUCCAUCUUAUUAACUUUCUUACUGAUCACGGCCAAUCAUGUCUGGUCGCUUUGUUCGAGCGUCCAAGUACCGACAUGUGUUCGGCAAACCCACGAGGAAAGAAUUCUGUUACGAUAACCUACGUAUAAGUCGAAAUGCUUGGGAUACAAACUUGGUCAAGGUCAACCCCGAGUAUAUCUCUGUCAAUUGGGAAGCCAGCGGUGGAGGUGCAUUCGCUGUCAUCCCUCUAGGCGAAAGGGGCAAGCUUCCCGAGAUCCUCCCUCUCUUCCGUGGCCAUACUGCUGCCGUCCUCGAUACCGACUGGAACCCUUUCAAUGAUCGUCUAAUCGCAUCAGCUUCCGAGGAUGGCAAAGUCAUGUUAUGGGAAGUCCCCCAGGGCUUUACCUUGUACACCGACGCUGAAGAACCUACCGAUGUAUCUCCUGUCUCCAAGCUGACUGGCCAUUCGAGAAAAGUUGGCCAAGUCGUGUUCAAUCCUGCCGCCGAGAACAUCCUCGCUUCUGCAUCCGGCGAUUUCACUAUCAAAAUAUGGGAUGUGGGCACCGGCUCUUCCUCUCUUACAUUGAAGCAUCCCGACAUCGUGCAGAGUUUAUCAUGGAAUGCCAGUGGUUCUAUGUUAGUCACAACCUCUCGGGACAAGAAGAUUCGCGUAUGGGACGUCCGACAAGAGCGACCCGCACACGAGGGUACAGGUCACGAGGGUGCCAAGAAUAGCCGAACAGUGUGGUUAGGUGAUCUGAACAGAUUCGUCACGACAGGUUUCACGAGGAUGAGUGAGCGCCAGUUCGCCCUUUGGGAGCCUGGUAACACUACACCUAUUGGCGGCUUCACUACUUUGGAUAGUAUCUCCGGCGUUUGCAUGCCCUUCUGGGAUGAUGGCUGCAACUGCUUGUAUCUUGCCGGAAAAGGUGACGGUAACAUCCGCUACUUCGAAUACCAGAACGACAAAUUCGAGUUCCUUUCUGAACACAAAUCCCUUGAACCCCAGAGAGGUAUUGCUUUUGUUCCUAAGCGCGGAAUCAAUGUGCACGAAAACGAAGUCAUGAGAGCCUAUAAGACCGUCAAUGAUUCAUACAUUGAGCCUAUCUCAUUUACUGUGCCUCGGCGCGCAGAAACGUUCCAGUCGGACAUCUAUCCACCUACUACGGGUCUCAAACCUGGUGUUAGUGCUAGCGAAUGGUUUUCAGGCAAGUCCGGGUUGCCGCCAAAGAUCGAUUUUGAGAGCAUCUACGAAGGCAACGAACCUGUGGAAGUAUCGCCCGAUUACAGGCCACCGACGGCAGCGCCGGCAGCCUCAGCUCCGGUGUCCAAGCCUGCUCCGAAACCGGAUCCAGAGCCAAUUCCAGCGGCAGCGCCAACGAUGAAGGACCAGAAUCGCUCUAUAGCAGCGAUAGCUUCUAAGUAUGACGAUAAAGACGAAGGCGACGACGACGAAACGUCAAGUUUUGAGGAAGUCUCAAAGCCGUCUCAGCGCAGCGCAAUGCCUGUGAAAUCUGAGCCCUCUCCGACGAAGACUACGUCCGCACCAGCACCAGCACCAGCACCAAAAGUAGCACCAGCCAUUAAAUCGCCUACUCAUGCGCCCACUCCAAGUGUAGUGGCUUCUGGCUCAGCUCCAGCAGGCAAUUCGACCAAUGGGCCGAAAGUUGAAUCCACUCUAGAGCAGAUCAAAGAGUUACUGGAGACGCAGACAAAGAUGAUCAGUGUACAGGGGAAGCAGAUCGUUCACUUGACUGAUGAAGUGGAUAGUCUGAAGAAGCGGGUCGGCUCUGGCUCCCAGGAUCAGAGCGACCGUAUUCGACAACUAGAACUCGAGCUAGAGGAGCUGAAAUCGUAAGGACCCGGUUGUAAAAGAUUCGGGAUAUAAAACAGGGUUGACCAGUUAAUGGAUAACGAUUUUGACGAAGCUUGUACGUACAGUCAGUGGAAAAUACUGGAAAAUACUUUCUCGUACAUGGGAGUUUACGGACCUGAAUUCUCCUGGCAAGCCACGUUUGUAUUUGUGCCUAGGUCCUCCACCGAUAUUCUUGUGAGGGAUAUGGUGAAAAUCAAUUUCGCUUCUACAGUUUAUAGGUAGUUAUCAUAAGCAAACUUAUUAUUUGUG